CAAGUUAAAUCGGUGCAUCGAAAACUUGGAGCAAAGAGAACUUGGAGCGGAGCGGAGCAAGAUGUCCUCGAACGCGUCCUCGGCUGCUGUGGCUGCGGCCGUGGCCAGCUGCAGGCUGGAGAAGCAGCAGCGCCGUCGCCUGGCGGCCUUCGAUUUCGACCAUACGAUCGUCUCGCAGAAUACGGACACUGUUGUGCGCGAUUUGUUGCCCACGGAGGUGACCAGUGCCCGAGCUCACGAACUGGUGGAGAACGACUGCUGGACCGAGUACAUGGCGGAGGUGUUCCGCCUGCUGCAUGAGCAACAGGUGCCCGAGGCCCGCAUCCGCGAUACAAUCCGCGGCAUCCCCGAGGUGCCCGGCUUCGUGCGGCUCAUCAAGCACUUGGCCAAGCGAAUGAACUUCGAUCUGAUCAUCAUCAGUGACUCGAACAGUGUUUUCAUCGAUGAGUGGCUGCGGGCUCACAAUCUGUCCGACUGUUUCCUGGCCAUCUUCACCAAUCCGGCCGAGUUUGACGAAACAGGGCGGUUGCAGGUUCGUGCCCAUCACCAGCAGACCGACUGCAAGCUCAGCGCCAGCAACUUGUGCAAGGGACGCGUCCUGGAGCAUUUUGUCAUCGAACAGGAUCUGCGACGCAGCAUCCGAUACGAUCAUGUAUUCUAUGUCGGCGAUGGCAACAACGACAUCUGCCCUGUGCUGCGCCAGCGAGCUUGCGACUUUGCUUGUGCCCGGCAGGGCUUCGCCAUGGAGAAGCACCUGCUGCGCAAUCGCAGCAAGUUGAAGCUGCGUGCCCAUUUGUUGAUUUGGAAGAGCGGUUUCGACCUCAUGGAUCAAAUGCUGGCCUUGCCGCAACUGCAAACAGCACCGGCCAACCAGGCGGAGCUGGAAACGGCGGAGGGACAGGCCGAAAUGGCCAGGCGGGCAUCGGCCGCCGCCGGACAAGUCAAGUCACCCACUUAAGGCGACUUGCCAGAUGAUCAUCUAUCUCUACUGGUUUCUUUUCCGCCUCCUUGUUAGGCCCCGACAAAGUGAAGCCCGUCUAUUCGCACUCUCUAAUCGCACCGACC